AUGGAAUCAAAAGCUUUUGCCAGAUCAAAGUAUACAAUAUCAAUUAGGCUUUUUUCCUCUAGUGCAUGUGAUAUGUCGUUUGUAAUUUCUAGUAGUUGCGUGGUUACAGAUUUGUUUUUAACAAAGCCAUGCUGUGAAGGCGGUAGGAUUUCAUUUUUAAGCAGAAAUUCGUUUAUUUGUUUGGCUAUAAUUUGUUCGAAAACUUUUAGCAGAGUACAGGUCAAUCCUAUUGGCCUAUAAUCUUGUGCAGAUUUUGGUUUUGCGUUUUUGGGUAUUGGUUGUAUUAUUGCG